GCCCCGCGGCGCGGCCAUGGCGGAGCGGGACGGACACGGCGGUGCUGGACGGGCGGCGGGCGGCGGGAAGAUGUCCCUGCACAGGUGUGAAACCUGUAGCAAAGAAGAAGCUAAGUACAGAUGUCCACGAUGCAUGAAAUAUUCUUGCAGCCUCUUGUGUGUAAAGAAACAUAAGCUUGCACUGAGCUGUAAUGGAGUCAGGGAUAAAACAGCGUUUGUCUCCGUAAAUGAAUUUACUGACUUGAACCUUCUGAGUGAUUAUCGUUUCCUGGAAGAUGUAGGAAGGACAGCUGAUGCUGCUGCUCGACAUUGUAUUGUGCAUAAUCCAGCAACAAAAAGACUUUUAUACUUCUUAAGGAACAAAGCUCGAGGGUGUAAUAUUGAGCUAAAAACACUGCCUGUUGGAUUUACAAAAAGAAGAGAAAAUUCUACCACCUUCAAUUCCGUGGAGAACAAGUUCUACUGGCAUUUGAAGCUCGUAUUUCCUCACUGUCAUGCUGAAUACACUUUAAAAGGGGUGCCUGAUGAUAAAACACUUGCUGAUAUCCUCAAGCCAUACAUUGAUCCAGUGGAGUCAGAUCCUGUAGUUUGUCAAAGAUUAAAAAUCUAUACAGCAUCUCCUCUAUCAGAUGUACAAAUCUUAAUGAAAAUAGAAAACAGGAACCGAAAUUCUGUCAGGUACAAUGAACUGGAUGCCAGUAGAAGCCUUCUAGACAAUCUGAAAGGCAAAGUAAUAAUUGAGUAUCCAACAUUAUUUGUGGUCUUGAAAACACUGAAGAGUGACAUGGUGGUUCUUGGCCAAGAUGGCAGUGAGCCUGCAGAGAACUCAGACAGUUAAAGCUCAUCCCUUUCAUCUGUGGAAGAAGGGGAGGUUUGGGACAGUUUAUGACAGUUCUUUGAGAGAAGAGGAUGGAAUGAGCUUUUAUUUUUUUUAUUAUUUAAUUAAAUUUUUUUAAUACAACUAAGUUCCUAGAGCUUCCUUUACUAAAGGUAGCACUCUGAAAGUGCUUGACUAUUUUUGGAUUUAAUAAUGCAUAUUUAGGGAUGUAAAUAAAAAUAUGGGGAAUUGUGGUUUCAGAAAAAAGAAAUGCUCUCAUUUCAUUGCAGUCUUUAAUUGCACCAUUGUUUUUCCUUUUUCCCUAACCAUCUUAGUGCCAAAUUUUUGGGUUUAAAUACCUGAUUGCACAUUUGUAUUUAUACGUGUAUGUGAGUCUUAAUGCUUAAAUUUACUGAAAGAAAAGUACAAUUAUUUCAUUAGAUCAAUUUCCUUUUACAGUGUUUCUGUGUAAAACUGAGCUGCUACAUAGUUUCAUGUUAUUUUUGAUCUUCCCUGGUGACAUUUUGGGUGCUUGAUGCAAUACUUUUUUUUUUUUGUUCCUUACUUAGUUGCAUCUUGUUUCAUGUGUUAAUGGACAGGCCAGACUGUGUUUUCAGGAUGACAUGUUGUAGUGUGUUUAGUCUUCUCUCCAGAUCUUCUAAAUUAGCAUGGGUUUUUAAAUCCAUAGAAAUGGGUGCAUAGACUGGCACUAAUGCAAAUAACACUGGACUUCUAAAGAAUGUGUUAUGCAUCUCAUAUUCCUAGUACCUACUGAAGUUAGGUAUUGUAAAUACUUACUGGCAUAUCAGCUAAAUUUAUCUACUUAAUAUCAAAUAAAUCGUAAAG